AUUAAUUAUUAUUUUGUGAUAAUUAGCUAACUUUUUAUUUUACAUUUGAUCAGUUAAAAUGAACUUUUUUUUCAAUUUGCAGAAGCUCUGGUUUGAUAUUUUGAAUUGAAUGAACAUUUCAAAAUCGAUGUUUGGACCAAAAUCCAGAUCGUGAACACGAUUCUCUCGAUUCCAGUCCAUAGCCUUUCGAGCAGGCAGGGAAAAAGUGAACCUUUCGAAAGUGAACUGUUCGCAUUGUGCUGCCAUCUAACGAUUUAGAUUCAAUUCAUGAGGCAACAAUUGAGUGAACCAAGAAAACAAAAAGUUUCGAAUAAAUAAUUGGGCAGAAACUUUUCCCGCAGAGUUUCGCGAUUUAAUUAAUCACAAAAUGUUGAGAUUUCCAUUACAAUUAAGGGUAUUUCCAAGUUCAAGUUACGACUCUAAAAAAGCAAAAUAGUCCAUCAAAUUAAUUACGAAGCUGAAACAACAUGUUCGCCAUCUAUUGGUUAAUUAGUUUACUUUUUAAUGAAUAAAGUUGGGUGAAGUCACGUUUUUUUAAGCUCCGUGUUUUUGGUGAAUUUUCAUGUAAAAUCUGAAUAGUAAAUUAAAAGUUGUGUUAUAAAUUAACUGUGCGUACUCUAAGCUUCAGUUAGACACCUCACAUCACUUGAAAGAUGUCGGAUAAUCCAGGAAACACCACUGAGCUUCGCAGGCUAAAAGACCUGAGAUUAUCAAGCAAAAGUAAAUUUAAAAUACUGAUGAAUUACUUUGAGGAAAGAAAUAAUAAAAACUUGGUUAUUGAUAAUAUUCUGACUGAACUCACUGCAUUUCCAAUAAUCAAAUACUUCCAAUUGAUGAUGAAGGAUGAACUGUGGUUAAAAAAUUUUCCAACGGAGACAAUUAAUGAGCUGGCUAAAUUCUUUGAACGACUGAUGCUUAUUCACAACCAAGGAAAUCAAGAGGAACAAAACACUGAGGGCCAAAUUGAAAUACAAAGUUUCACCAACAAUCAAAUAAAGAAUCUUUUGUCAAUACAAGUUGAACGUCGACCGGAAAUGCCAAAGACAUGGUAUAAUGUAUCACAUCUCAAGAUUCUCCACACGAUAAUAGUGAGAAUACCUGGAGUAAAAAAUGAACUGAACAAGAAGAUUGGACAGAUUACAGCUGAGGCGGUGGAAAAGUUACUCGAGGAAACUACAGAAGAUUCUGGUUCAGCUGAGGAGGUGACCUCGGGCUUCGACUCAGCGAAGAUUAAGUGUACCAAUACGUCGGAUAGAAUAAAAAUAUUCAACUUCAUCAAAAGGAAUAAACCACAGUGGGAAGUAUCAAUUCCACCGAUCCAAGAUCCACAAGUGAAACUCAUUGGCGUUAAAUUCGAUCCUGAUCAAAUUAAUCUAUGGAUGGAUAGAUUAUAUGUUAAGAAUCGUUGGAAAAAAUGUUGGAAGAUGUGUGUUAAACACUUUUACAAAACUGCCAACAAUUAUGAUGUUAUCGUUGAGGUUGACCCCGCACUCAGGGAGUGGAUGGAACAAAACAGUGGCUGCAUUGCCGCAGGUUAUAAACGAGUGACUGUGGUCGAUCACUUCGAUAUAAAGCAAUGUCGAAACUGCAUGAGAUAUGGUCACUUAGCCAACAAAUGCACUCAAAUGAGCCUUUGCCCCUACUGUGGCGGAACUAACCAUUUUCAUGAAUCCUGUCCAGUUAAGGAAAUACCUCAUAAAUGGAAAUGCCCCAACUGUCAUCGACUUGGUGAGAAUGCCCUUGAAACAAAGUGCCUGAUUUUCAUGGAUCGUCUUCAGCAUGAGAUGGAGAAAAAGAACUACCAGUACAAGUACAUCAUGGCUUGAAAAGGUAAAUAAAAAAUUGAACAACAAAAAAACAAAGAAAAUUUAAAAUCAAACAAUUAACAAAAUUUGCUAAUUAAAAAUAAUUAAUACGAAAACAAGUUAACUACGAUAAUUAAACAAGUGUGAAAAAAUCCUUUAACCAAAUUAAAAUCAAACAAUUAACCAAACUUGCUAAUUAAACGAAUUAACCCAAACUUGCUAAUUAAACGAA